AUGAUCCCCAUUGCUCGAUCGUCCGUCUUGCGGGCCGCCCGCUCGCAGAUCUAUGCAGCCCGCACUCUGACGUCGCCAACUUCCUCGGCGCUCGCCCGCCUUCUCUCCACACUCGCUGUUCUCGAGCAGCGCGAUGGCAAGCUGCAAGGCUCAUACGCCUCUGCGAUCGCUGCGGCGCAAAAGUUGGGGGGACCUGUGACAGCUUUUCUGGCUGGAAGUGGUGUCAAGGGUACAUCUGCCGCUGAAGCCGCCAAGAUCAAGGGCCUUGACAAGGUCAUUGCUGUCGAGAAUGAUGCAUACGAAAAGGGACUUCCUGAGAACUACGCGCCUAUGCUGCUUGAGAACAUCAAAACGGGCGAUUUCACACAUAUCAAUUUCACACAUAUCAUCGCUCCUCACUCGGCCUUUGGCAAAAGCCUUCUUCCCCGUGUCGCUGCUCUUCUCGACGUCCAGCAAAUUUCUGAUAUAACCGCUAUCGAGAGCGAAGACACUUUUGUUCGCCCCAUCUAUGCCGGAAACGCUAUUUUGACCGUCCAAUCCUCCGACAAGGUCAAGGUGAUCACAGUACGAGGCACAGCCUUCCAAGGAGUCGAGCUUGAGGGCGGCUCUGCCGAGAUUGUCGACGGUGUUGACACGAACGCUCCCGCCCAGACUGAGUGGGUAUCCGAAGAGCUCACCAAGUCCGAGCGCCCUGACCUCGCGACCGCUAGUCGUGUCGUCUCUGGUGGCCGUGGUCUGAAGUCCAAGGAGGAGUUUGACCGCGUUAUGCUGCCUCUUGCCGACGCUCUCGGCGCCGCUAUUGGUGCCUCUCGCGCAGCCGUCGACAGUGGCUUCGCUGACAACAGUCUGCAGGUUGGCCAGACUGGUAAGAACGUGGCUCCUGAGUUGUACCUGUGUGCCGGUAUCUCUGGAGCCAUCCAGCAUUUGGCUGGUAUGAAGGAUAGCAAGGUCAUUGCCGCAAUCAACAAGGACCCCGAAGCUCCCAUUUUCCAGGUGGCGGACGUUGGUCUGGUGGGUGAUCUGUUUGACAAGGUUCCCGAGUUGACCGAGAAGGUUAAGAGCGCAUAA